UGCGGAUGUGUGGGUAUAAUAAUGGAUCCUGGAAAUAAACCCCAGUGCCGUGAAGUGCCGAUGACCCUGAGAGGCAGCGAGCUUCUCUCCUAACGCGCUCCUACGCUUCAGCAUGGAGGUGCUGCCAAAUCCGUUGAACCGCGCGCACCAGUGGGGCAGGAAGGCAGAGCGUCUCCUGGCGGCAGGGGAGUAUGAAGAAGCCAUUUCCUGCCAUGGGGAGGCAGCAGACCUUCUGAUGGAGGCCAUGAAUCUAACUCCGUGUGAACAGGCUCAUCUUUCUCUGGAGCUGCAGAGGAACAGCCACAUCACACAGCAGCGGCUGAUCCGGGAGCAGCAGAAACGGGCCCGGCGAGAGGCGAAGCCCUGCCCCCUCAGGACCGCUGAUGCAGCGGAGCAGGACACGCCCAGCAGCGAGCGUGACACCCCGCUGCACUCCGCGAAGGCUGCCGUCACCCCACUUGCACCCUGCUCUGGAGGCAGGACGCCGAAGGAUGACAAGACCCGCCUGGAGGAGCAGCAGACCACCAUCGCGCACCUCAGGAAGCUGGUGGACUUCCUCCUGACGGAGAACGAGAAGCUGACCUGCGACAACCUCCGGCUGCAGGCGGAGAAUGCCCAACUGAGGAAAGAGCCGUUUGCAGACACGCCCUCGCUGGGGUCCCAGCUGUGGAAUCAGCCCCUCCCUGCUCGGGACAGCCAGACCCAGGCAGCUCCAGCACAGCACAGGGAGGACGAGACGACAGAGGACGCUUAACCCAAACUGCAGGCCACAGAGAGUGGCCACCGUGCCGAGGAAGGGCGGAGUGCAAGGGCAGCAGGUGCCGCGGCAACCUGAGGAGGCAGGGCAUGAAGGUGUGCGUUUGAGAAUGUGCAGGUAGCUGGAGGGGUGAGGUAUGGCUGCUGUGAGUACGGAAGUGAAGCUGUGUGUCCAGAUAGCGUGGUGUAUCAUUGGUUUAUAUCACACAGGCAGUGUGAGAAACAAACACCUCUCUCUGAUCCAGUGCAUUUCAGUCUGGCACAGUCCUCAGGGUUACAGGAUGCAGCGCAUUGCUUUAUACAGCUGCUGAAUGUGCUGUGUAAUGAGUCAGGAAAGGGGUCUCAAUUAAACCAAAUUUAAAGGUGUAAAUGACUGAUAAGAGCCAAUAUAUUGAUACAGUGGUGAUGAAUAUGAGUACUAUAUGAGGGUAAUUUUCAGGUGUUGGAGUUUUACAGAGUAAUUCCUUCAUGACAUUACAGUAGCGCAUGAUUAAAUCGGGAUUGAUAACUUGCAAAAUGAUUAAAAAUCCACUGCCUCCUUGAAAUUUACAUAAAUAUAUGAAGUAAUCUAUCAAAUAUAGUAGUAAAUGUAUUUUUUGUAUAAUGUAAAUACAUAUAGCUAGUAGUGACUAACUGAAAGGAUCAGAUGAUUUAAAGGAAUGGACAGGUGUUAGGAUAAGGGCCACACACUCUCCUUACACACACACACACACACACACACACACACACAUACAUAUAUUCACUUAUAAUUUUGGGUUUUAUUUUGCACAUGCAUCAUUGUGCAGCCUCCCUUCCGCUGUGUCUCUGAUGGAGACAGAGCUGCCCUGUGAGGAGAUCCACACAAUCUGUGAGUUCAUCUUUUGCUGUCUUUAGACUGAGAGCUCUGUCUGGUACCACUUUUUUGGGUUUGUUUGUUUGGGGUUUGCCGUACACUUCAGGCAAGAUGACAGUAUCAGAUGUCAAGCUAGGUACCUUCUUUGAAAGGUCACACUUCUUUCUCCACACCUGGCUUGUAAAGGAAACAGAGACUCAUUCUUUUUAGUUCAUAAAGUAAGAUACCAACAUUCCCACUCUGGGUCAGCUUUUUCUUGUAACAGUGAUGGGAGAGGUGGCAAGAUGAUACAUUUUCACAUCAUAUUAUUGCUGCUCAAAACAGAACACUAUUGUGGUUAUACGGGCUUUAGUCUUACACACUGAAGAAGUGUUUACAGACCUGACCGUUUUUUCUGAACCUGUUAACAUCCAGAGGCUGUCAGUGAUUUAAACAUUGGUGAUACUUAUCUUAAUUUAAUCUGACCUUGUGAGUUGCCAUUCACAUUCAUUCAUCUUGGCAUACAUCUUUAGCCAGUGUCACAGGCUGACAGAUGUCCCACCUCUUACUUAAAUGGAGAUUACUUACUGUUAAGGAGAAAAGGGCUUUUUCAGCCAGAGCUGCUUCCCACAGCUGAAACAGUGCAAAUGUGGGAGUGAAGGAGAAACCCACAGGGACUGACUCAAAAAGGCUAAAACACCACUGCUUCAUGUGAAAGCUGUAUUGAUUAAACAGUUUAUGCUUUGAUAGGACGUCCAUGGGAGGCUAAUGAAUUAGUUGUAUUGCCGUUAUAAGGGGUGAAUUUAACAUGGAACAGGGAGGUUUUUUUUAUAUUAAGGGUGUUCUGAUUUGUGUGUGUGCGCGUAUGUAUGUAUGUGUG